GUGUCGCCUCCGGGAUACAGACAGCCCCUUCCAGCUAACGCCCAGCCAGGCCCCCCACACCGCCGCCACCAUGCCGUUCGGUAACACCCACAACAAGCACAAGCUGAACUUCAAGCCGGAGGAGGAGUACCCGGACCUCAGCAAGCACAACAAUCACAUGGCCAAGGCGCUGACCCUUGAGCUGUACAAGAAGCUGCGGGACAAGGAGACGCCGUCCGGUUUCACUCUGGAUGAUGUCAUCCAGACAGGUGUGGACAACCCAGGUCACCCCUUCAUCAUGACCGUGGGCUGUGUGGCUGGUGAUGAGGAGUCCUACGUGGUUUUCAAGGAACUCUUUGACCCCAUCAUCCAGGACCGGCAUGGGGGCUACAAACCCACGGACAAGCACAAGACUGACCUCAACCAUGAGAACCUCAAGGGUGGAGACGAUCUGGACCCCCACUAUGUGCUCAGCAGCCGUGUCCGCACGGGCCGCAGCAUCAAGGGCUACGCACUGCCCCCCCACUGCUCCCGCGGCGAGCGCCGGGCCGUGGAGAAACUCUCUGUGGACGCCCUCAACAGCCUGACGGGCGAGUUCAAGGGGAAAUACUACCCUCUGAAGAGCAUGACAGAGCAGGAGCAGCAGCAGCUCAUCGACGACCACUUCCUCUUCGACAAGCCCGUGUCCCCGCUGCUGCUGGCUUCAGGCAUGGCCCGAGACUGGCCCGAUGCCCGUGGCAUCUGGCACAAUGACAACAAGAGCUUCCUGGUGUGGGUGAACGAGGAGGACCACCUCCGAGUCAUCUCCAUGGAGAAGGGGGGCAACAUGAAGGAGGUUUUCCGCCGCUUCUGCGUGGGGCUGCAGAAGAUUGAGGAGAUAUUCAAGAAAGCCGGCCACCCGUUCAUGUGGAACGAGCACCUGGGCUACGUGCUCACCUGCCCAUCUAACCUGGGCACGGGGCUGCGUGGAGGCGUGCAUGUCAAGUUGGCGCACCUGAGCAAGCACCCCAAGUUCGAGGAGAUCCUCACUCGCCUGCGCCUGCAGAAGCGAGGCACAGGUGGUGUGGACACGGCUGCCGUGGGCUCAGUGUUCGACGUGUCCAACGCCGACCGGCUGGGCUCGUCGGAGGUAGAACAGGUGCAGCUGGUGGUGGAUGGUGUGAAGCUCAUGGUGGAGAUGGAGAAGAAGCUGGAGAAGGGCCAGUCCAUCGACGACAUGAUCCCCGCUCAGAAGUAGGCGCACAGCCAGCCCGCCGCCGACUGCUGCAGCCCCAGCCCAAGGGAGGACCCAGCCCACCGGAGGCCCGCCCCUUCCUCCUGGAGCCCAGCCUAUAAACGUUUGGUCCACCUGGGGCUCUAUCCAUCCUUCUAGUUCCAGUUCCAACCAGAAUUCCAACCAAUGGGCUCCAUCCUCUGGGUUCUGGCCAAUGAAAAACCUCCCUUACGGUCUCCUCUUCUUUUCCCCAAGCUCCGCCCACCACCAGGAGCUCUGGCUAAUAGACCUCACCUGGAGCUGUUGCUUUUUCUCCACUCAAAGCAACAAAUAAAAGCAAUGGUGGCCUUA